AUGCCAUCGAUUAUAUCGUAUUGGAUUAUUUUAUCAAUUUGUCUCAAUUUUGCCACGGCGAACAAUCGAACACUGAAAGUUCGCCUCAAUUUGCCAUUCUUCAAGUUUUUCAGCAAAAAUGGACAUCACGUUGUUGAUGAGGAGAUUCCGAAAAUCACGAUUCCGAUGAUCAGUUUGCCGUUUUCCACUAGCGUCGGAACCGGAGUUGUCGAGACUUCAGAAUUGAAAAUUGAAAAAUUUCGAACUCCUAAGUGAAUUUUGCAAUCAGAAAACUCGUGGCGAGACCCAAAUUUUUGAAAAUGUGAAAUUUUUUUUCAAUAUUAUUUCAAGACAAAAAUGGGUGGCCUCGAAACCAUUGAUUUUCAAUUAUCCGACAAGGGAAUCAGCUGGUGGACAGCUCAAGGAGCAGUGAAAUUGAGCGGACUGUGGGAAGCGAGUUUCACCGAAGUCGUCACGGUGCACGAUAAAGGAUGGGUGAAUGCAGUGGCAACCGAUAUCCGCAUGAAUAUCUCAGCUUCUGUGUUGGAGUUAGACGGAAGGCCACAAAUUCGAAUCGGAGAUUGUUCUGCAGAAAUUCGCUAUCUUCAUGUGGAAAUCGGUGGAAGUGUUCUCUCAUGGCUUGUCAACAUAUUCCAAACUCCAUUCUCCAAUCUUUUGAAGAGUAUUAUACAUUCUCAAGCUUGCACAGCGGCCCACGGAAUUCUAAUUGACGAGGCCAAUGAAUUCCUUCACGCUCUGCCAUCUCAUAUCGAUAUUGGCCAUAAUUUCUUCAUUGAUUAUUAUUUGACACGAAAUCCAAAAUCGACAAGCGGAUUUGCUGAGUUCGACCUUGCCGCUGAUGUGGUCUUCGGAAACACAACGUGUAAGCCAGUCAAAGAAUUGGAAUGGAUUGAUGGCGGCAAAUAUCCUGGAAUGGUAACCUCGUGGCUCUCCGUUGGAGUCCCCAACUGCCUAAUGGAAUCAGCGCAUCGCAAUCAGCUUGUCCGAUUAGUCGUCUCCAAGGAUAUCCCGACAAUCGCCAAUUAUUUGCAAACAAGCUGCGGAUUUUUAUCGAUAUGCGUUGGCCGAUUUUUUCCGCUUCUUCGCAAAAAAUACCCAAAGCAAUAUGUGGAUUUAUAUUUCCACACCGCCAAAAGUCCAUUCUUCAUUAUGAGUCAAGAGGACGGUGUUCAAUUAAACAUGAGUCUCGCUGUCGAUUUGCAUAUUAAUCCGUUUUUGAAGACGAAAAAGAAUAUUCUCGCACGCCUUAUCGUGGAUUCAACUUCUGAAGUUCGCCCAUUCCUCAACCACACUCGUCUUUAUGGAGAUCUUGGCAAUUUUACCGUCAGCGUUCGCGAGGACUUCUCGAAUAUUGGAAAUGUUUCAUCGUUAUUCCUUCAAACGUUUUCGAGUAUUUUGUCAAUGACAGCGAAGCAGGCAGUCAAGAGUAUUCUGUCGGUCGGAUUGCCAAUUCCUUCUUAUGACAAUGUCUCGAUAGCAGAUUCGUCGCAUGUUGAGAUUUUCGACAAAUUUGCGAGAUUGAACAUCGAUUUUGAAUACAAAUAA